UUCUAAUUUUAACAAAACUUUUAAUUUUAGCAUGAACUAAACACGCCCUCACUCUUUUUUUUAAAAGCUUGCAAAGAAGAAAUGGUAGAAACCACUCCAUUCAUUGCAUGAAUGAAGAAAGAACAGCUAGUGGUAUGGUAACAGUAGUAAUGGCAGCAGUUAGCCACAGCAACUGCUCCCCCUCCUCUGCUUGCUGCUGCCACUACUGCCCUGCCCUCCUUGAGUUGGGUGAGUGAGUGACAGUAGUGUGUGUGGUGUAGUGGUAGGAGAGGAGGAGUAUCUCUUGUAUGGCUGUGGCCUGUAGUAGGCUGUAGCCCCAAACCUCUUGUCUCCUUUUCCCCUCCUCUCUCUCCCCCACUCUACUUCAGUUCUUUGCUUGUUUGCUAGCUUCUCUCAUUGCCUCUCUUGUUGCUUGAUGCUUUUAGGGAGAGUAGAGUGGUGUAGUGUAGUGUUGAAUCCUCCUCCACAUCUUGGAACUUCUUCUUCUUCUUCUUCUUCUUCUUCUUCUUCUUCAAAGUCUUCAAAGGCUUAUCUUGGGUGAAGAAGCACCUGAAGCUUCCAUCAUUUUUGCUUUAAUGGUGGUGGUCUUGGGGAAACUUCUGAAGAAAUCUCCGGGGGAAAGAUUGCUGCUUUGCUGCUGGUUUCGCGGCAAAUCUUGAUUGAUUGCGUUGGAAGAGGUCGGCUUCGUGAAGGAAUCUUGCUUGCGGGAUCAAUCGCCUCCGCUCGCUUGCUUGCUUUUUGGGCGGUUCUUGGUGCUGCUUUAUUGGGGUGAAAGGUUGGGGGAUCUCGCGGCCACUCGAGGUAGCGAGCGAUCUCCCCGCGGCUUCUCCUCGUUGCCGGCAUUGCGGGGGAGGCGAGCUCGCCGCCGGGUCGCUUGUUGAUGCGGUGAGGCGGCGGAGCGGAGCUUCUCGCUGUGCUGCUGCUGCGGCGGCCGCCAGGUGUUCGGUGAAAGGCGCGAGCAAGCGAGCAUGAGGGACUUCCCUUCCUGCUUCGGGGAGAGCGGCGUCCAGAUCGCGGACGCGUCGUCGUCGUCGUCGAGCGCCGGAAAGGGCGCGGCGCAGAAUCUGGUGACCUGCCUCUACCAGGCGCAGUUCUCGGGCCGGCCAUGCGUGAUCUCGGUGACCUGGAGCAAGAGCCUCAUGGGGCAAGGGCUCAGCAUUGGCGUGGACGAUCUGUCCAACCAGUGCCUGUGCAAGGCAGACAUCAAGCCAUGGCUCUUCUCCAAGAAGAAGGGCUCCAAGAGGCUUGACGUCGAGGACGGCAAGAUUGAGAUCUUCUGGGACCUGUCCGGUGCCAAGUUUGGUGCUGGGCCAGAGCCAAUGGAAGGGUUCUAUGUCGCCGUGGUGUUUGACCUUGAGCUGAUACUCCUGCUCGGCGACAUGAAGAAGGAUGCAUACCGGAAGACCGGCGCAAACCGGCCGAUGCUGAAUGCUGCAUUUGUGGCUAGGAGGGAGCACAUAUAUGGGAAGAAGAUUUACACUGCCAAGGCACAAUUCUGUGAAAAUGGUCAAUUCCAUGAUGUUGUGAUAGAGUGUGACACCGUCAGCCUCAAGGAUCCAUGUCUUGAGAUACGGGUCGACAAGAAGCCCGUCAUGCAGGUGAAGCGUCUGGCUUGGAAAUUUAGGGGAAACCAGACAAUUCUUGUGGAUGGUUUGCCCGUGGAGGUGUUCUGGGAUGUCCACAGUUGGCUGUUUGGAUUGACGACAAGCAAUGCGGUGUUCAUGUUUCAGACAUGCCAAGCACCUGAGAAGUCGAUGCCUUGGUCAUACUCGCAGGUUUUUAGGGAGUCUCAGUUGCAGGGUCUUGGUUUCUCGCUGAUCCUAUAUGCAUGGAAGCUUGAAUAGGUUCUUGCAGAAUCAUAAUUUGCUUCUGCAAUUGCCUCCGUUUUAGUGCUAACGGGAUGUUUAUUGAGUGUCAAUUCUUGGAAAUGUUAUGGAGGCUCUCCAAUAUAUGUUCUUUCAAUUUUUCUUGGUUUUGCCAUCUUUUAUAAACACUGUUUGAAUAGUUUGGCAAGAUUCUGUGACAAUCCUGUGAUUCUCAAAUUCCCUUCCUUUUGCUCCUAAUGCUCUCAAUAGUUUACUGUGGCAAUGCUCCAAGAAAGAAUGUUGUCAUGAUGUAAAGUACUUCAAAGUUCGGAUAUAGAUUAUUUGUUAAUAGCAACAUCGUCAGACGAUUUCUACUA